AUGGAGUCACCACUGGCCGUAGUGAACUUUGGGAAAUCUCUGUUAGUGCCAAGUGUUCAAGAGCUUGAAAAAGAGCACCUAACCAAGAUUCCAGCCAGGUAUGUUCGCCCAGAACAAGAAUCUCUGGUCAUAUCUGACGGAUCAGUGGUUCAUGCUGUCCCUGUUAUCGAUCUUAAAAAGUUGAUUUCAGGGGAUUCCAUGGAUUCUGAGCGUCAAAAGCUUCACUCAGCUUGUCAAGAAUGGGGUUUCCUCCAGGUUAUAAACCACGGACUGACACCUUCAAUACUGGAGGAGUUCAAGAGAGAGGUCACAGAAUUGUUCAAACUUCCAAUGGCAGAAAAGAAGAAGCUAUGGCAACAGGAAGACAGCUAUGAGGGGUUUGGGCAGCUAAAUGUUGUAUCAGAGGAGCAAAAGCUUGAUUGGAGCGAUAUGUUUGGCAUAACCACUCUUCCCCCGCAUAUCCGGAACUUGUUUCAAAAGUUGCCUUUAAAGCUCAGGGACAUCAUGGAAGCAUACUGCAAAGAAAUCAAGAGCCUAGCAAUAAGCAUCCUAUCUCAAAUGGCAAAGGCUUUAAGGAUGGAUGAAAAGGAAAUGAGAGAUAUAUUCAGUGAUGGUAUGCAGUCAAUAAGGGUGGAUAUUGGAGUGGUAUUAUGCUGCAAAUGGUUUUUGAAAGUUGGCAAGUAACAUGUGAAAUAUUCAAAUAGCCCUAGUUGUGAAGAUGGCAACUGGAUUAUUCCACGGAUUUUUUCGAGAACUACAAAAGAAUGUUUUCUUUCUUUGGAUCACGUGCAUCACUACCUCAAUUUGUCAUUGUCUAUUAACGCCAGCAAAAGUUUAAAUAAUUUCUGUAGUAGGAGCUAGGAAAAAGCUUUGGCUUUUGGUUUUUUUUAUCAACUGUAAAGAUGGCCUGAUACAA